UUGAAAACUGUGCCGCCGCCGCUGCUUGUCUUAAUCCAAUAUUAUUCAUAGACAAACAAGUGAAUUUGUUUUGCCGAAAUAGCAACUAUAAUUGAUCAAAACGCUGUCUUCGGUCCAAACUGGACACAAGUGCAAACAGUGCCCAACAAAACCCUCAAGAAUGAUAACAAUAUUAAACUGUUCGGUAUACAGAUGGCAUCAUGGCAGACAGGCUAUUUUUAAACUGGAAACUAAAAUCCAGACAAAGUUUCAAGGUUACAAUGUCUACCUUGACUAUGGCGAGGAAUGUGUGAUACAAGCCUCCGGCACAGUAGGCCUACAUCAUGCAGGCGGCAAGGGUCAUGACGUCAGCCCGUAGCCUCACAAAAGGUUUACAUAAAUACAGUAGGCCUACACUUUCAUUGUGGCAGCUACCGGCGCAUUGUAGAAACACAAACACAGCAGCCAGCAAAAAUAACCUGUAUUUUUCCGGUUGUGUCAAUUUCUAAACUUGCCAGAGGGGUAACUGAAGAAAACUUGAUUACCUUCAGUGCUAUUUGACGACUCACCGUAUGAAACUUUCACAAUAGACAAUCGAAACCAGGAAAUAAAUGGAAAUGUGUAAGUCUGCUGCUAGAAGUGCUUCUGUAAUCAGAAGAAGCCAACGCAAUGAAUACUGUCCAGAAUAGCUAGGAGAUCACAGUUUCUGAUUCAAGCUUGCAUUCGGUUGCAAGAAAAGGUUUGCAGAGACUGCACAUCCACAGAAGACGCACAUUAAACUUAAAGGCGUAUAUAGGCCGAAUUGUUUUGCCGCUCUUGUUGCACUCGGGCAACCGUAUCCAUGGAUGACGAGUACGAUGAAAUCGAGUAUAACUCGACAGAUGACAGUGAAGAGGCGUUUGAAUUCAGUGACUACACCCAGCGAGUCAUAGUGGCUGUCUUGUACCUAAUCAUAGCCUUGCUAGGAAUUGUUGGCAACACCCUGGUUAUCCAGGCCGUCCUCUUGUCAAGGAAGCUCCGUACAGCCACCAAUGCCUUCGUGGUGAGUCUUAGCGUCGCAGACCUGCUGACAUGUCUGGUCGUCCCGUGGGAUGCGGCAGCUAUGCUCGGCAUGGACGGACCACCUUUCGGCGAGUGGGUGUGUAGCGUGGUGGCCGUGGUCCAAUCCACAACUAUCGGCUGCAGCACCUACACGCUAGCUGCCAUCGGUCUACAGCGCCUGUUGCUGAUCACUCGUCCGGUUACAACCUACCAGGCCAUCUACUCCCAGAGGAAGAUAGCUGCUUGUAUGGUAGUUACCUGGCUCAUCCCGUUCCUACUUACCCUCCUGCCUCCCCUGUUCGGUGUGGGUGAGGUAGGCUACAACAGAAAGUAUCACCACUGUGGCUUCAGCUCUUCGCAUGAACGCUCAAACGACUACGAUCUCAUCAUAGCUGGGGGUCUUUAUCCACUCCCGCUCAUCACCAUUAUCGUCUGCUACGCACUCAUCUGGAGGCAUCUCCGGCGCCAUGCGGAGCGAGUCACCUCCAAAGCAGAGGAGCCAGCCGACUCCGCUACCAUGAAUCUAUCCACGGUCUCUGAAUCGGUAGCCACCCUGCGCCGGUCACCGACACGCCAGGGCUCCCUGGACCCAGCCCGGGUCAAACGAAGUCAGAACGAGAUCACCAAGAACAUGUUCUACAUCGUCUGUGCCUUCUUGCUCUGCCUGACUCCGUUUGCCAUCUGCCUGUUCUACGACGACAGCGACCCGUUCCUACCCUACGCCGCUGCGUUCCUGGUCUUCAACAGUUGCGUCAAUCCGAUCAUCUAUGCCACCAAACACCGCGACUUCAAGACUGUCUUCCGUUGCAUCCUGCGCCGCAAGUGGGACAGCAUCCCGGAGCCCUCGGAUUUCCUCAAGGCCAUGAGACGAAAAAAAUGCUGUAACAGAGGCGGUUUGUACGCUUAAUUAAAAAAAAAUGCCAAAAGAUACAAAGGAACUUUCUCUGUGGCGAGCCUGAACGUGCCCUUGAUUUAAAGCAAAUGUUACAGGGUUAGUUUGCUUGGGAAAAACCGUUUCACCAUAGGCUCCAUAACACGAACAGGCAUUUUCAAUGAUCUUCGGUUUGUUUUAAUACAUCACUUAGUCACGAAAAACGGAGUUUUUUUUAUAGCUUGGACUGACGUCCUUUUAUACCUUAAAAUAAAAAAAAUACGGUCUCUCAAUUUCGUUUGUGGCUGUCAUUUUCAACAGACCAAAUUUCGGUUUAUUUCAUUUGAAACCUUUGUCAGUCCUUCAUCCACACAAAAGUGCUUGAUUUAAAAACAAGAAGUGUACAAUCACGUCACCGGCUUGACAAGCGAUAACUUCGUAAGGGAAUGUAUAAAUUGAUUGCUUUUUUUUUUAAAGACUAUACUUUUCAUGAUAACAUUUAAAAUACGAAUGUACUCGCAGUUGGUGAAGGAAACAUUUUAAACAGUAUAGCAUUUCUUUACAUUAUAAUUUAACACCACUGAUAACUACAGUCCAUGUACAUAUCUUUCUAAUGUAAACGGAAUACAUGUACAGUGGAAUCCUAGCAAAUAUUUCAACCAAGUAUGCAAAAGUAUGCAAAAGCACUUUGAUGUUACCUGACGAGAUUUGCCAAAUGUUCGAAACUAAAAUGUAAAUAUAUUUUAGGGUGGUGUAUACUCUAUAUAGUAGGAUAAGGACAGUACACAUGUGAUGGAAAUUUUACCGAGUUGGGAUCUUAACCGAACGGACGAGGUUUUCAAAUUGCAGAAACUGCAUUUAACAAUUACAAUUAUCUUGACAUUUCAACUCUAAUCCAAGUAUGUUGCCCAGUUUAUAUAUACUGCAUCAGUUAUAUGUUAUCAGUGACGGUUGCGUACAUCUGUGUCGACGUACGUAUGAGACCAAAUCCUGAAUCGUCACAUGACUUAAAAUCCGUGUGUGCGUGAUCUUGUCAUCCUUUACAACUGAGGACUUGGGACAAUGGGGGAUUUGCGAUAACAAUAAACCGGGGACCUGAGAAAAGUCCUCGGGAGGUUUUCUUGUACAAACCUUAUGUGGAGAUGUUGAGAAAAAGUUGGAGUACAAACAAUAGGAACAAAAGAAGGGAACAGUAGGGGGUCCUCAUAAGUAUAGGAUAACAUGAUAUGGGCCUUAUUCACGAGUCGGCCAUAUUGAAUUGAAAGUGAGGUAAAAAUGUAAUUUUUGUAACUUGCGAAGAGAAAUGAAAGCAAGUUAAUU